ACUACUUAAGGAGCGUUUCACGGACUGUAUGCCGUCUUUAUAAAUUAAGGGAAUGUUUGGUUUUCGCAAGAGCAGACUUCUCGCGGUACAAAUGCGACAGAACAAUUGCAUUUAACAUCGGAGCAGCAAGUGCUUUGCUUGGACACGCGAGAUGGCCAGAGCGCGAUGCAUUCAGCACCUGUCAGGAUGGUUUGUUCUGUUCAGCUUAAUGACACGCCAGAGUCACUGCAUUGAGACAGUGAAUGUCGUGGACUUCUGUGGACAGACAAUACAGGGGGACGGCAUGAUCGUAAAGUCCCACCAGGAGUCCCGGAAGUACUACUUUGUCUCUAUUGGGACAGACUGCCACCUCACCAUGCAGUCCGCCACCCCCCGGGACAAGGUGCAGUUCUACUUCCGCUUCUUUCUAGUCUACAGCCUGCUAAGAGUGUCCCCAAACAGCCCCGCACCCCUCUUCCCAGAAUCACCCAGGGGCUCCUCCUCAUCUGGCCCAACACGGCCUGAUCUGAGCUUGGAGCCAACCACUGGCGAGGGGCCUGAAGACCCCUGCCAUGCUGGCUCUUACAUCCAGUUCUAUGAUGGGAGGGAUAAGUCUGCACCCCCUAUUGGCCAGCCACUCUGUGGAAAGAGCCCUCCCCGACCAGUGUUGUCCACGGGCAACUUUCUAACUCUACGCCUUGUGACCCGAGGAACUCAGCCAAGGGUGGACUUUGUUGGAGACUUCACUUCAUUCAGGCUGGGUUUUAACCAAUCAGAAUGCAGCGGAGAACCUUACUUCAACUGUCGCAAUGGGAAGUGUAUUCCCAUGAGUCUGGUUUGUGAGGAUGAUAAAGGCAUUGACAACUGUGGCGAUGGCAGCGACUUAAUCGAUUACCCUGGUUGCAAUGGUCCUCUAUCUACACCUAAGCCCCCACAGCAUCAUGUUACCCAACCAGGACAGAUGCUGAAUGUUCCCACACGGACAGUGUCCACGUUAAAGAACUGUGCCACUCCAAAUGGCAUUCCUGAUCCAAACUCUGUGACUGAUUCCCAGUCUUCCAUUUCUCUGCUGGCGCUGUAUGUGGUCCUGGGUGUGACUGCAGGAGGGGUUCUCAUGUGCUGGUGCUGUUGGGCCCCCGGCUGGUUCUUGUGGCGCGUGAGUGUGUUUCGAUUCUUGCCCUGCUGUAACUCCUGCUGUGCUUCCUGCCAGCUCUGCGGACGGAGCUGCUCGCAAAACAAGGACCACCGACUGGCCAAGGUUACUCCGGAAGGAGCAGCGACUCCUGUGUCUUCCACCACCACGGUGGCUGUGUAG